AUGACCAGGAAGGUUUCUACCAAGUCCCCAAGGCCCGAGCUGAUCACCAAGUCCCCAAGACCCUUCCUGAUCACCAAGCCCCCAAGACCCGAGCUGAUCACCAAGCCCCUAAGACCUGAGCUGAUCACCAAGCCCCCAAGACCCGAGCUGAUCACCAAGCCCCUAAGACCUGAGCUGAUCACCAAGCCCCCAAGACCCGACCUGAUCACCAAGCCCCCAAGACCUGACCUGAUCACCAAGCCCCCAAGACCCGACCUGAUCACCAAGCCCCCAAGACCCGAGCUGAUCACCGAGUCCCCAAGACCCGACCUGAUCACCAAACCCGAGCUGAUUACCAAGUCCCCAAGACCUGACCUGAUCACCAAGUCCCCAAGACCUGAGCUGAUCACCAAGUCCCCAAGACCUGACCUGAUCACCAAGUCCCCAAGACCCGAGCUGAUCACCAAGUCCCCAAGACCCGACCUGAUCACCAAGCCCCCAAGACCUGACCUGAUCACCAAGUCCCCAAGACCCGAGCUGAUCACCAAGUCCCCAAGACCCGACCUGAUCACCAAGUCCCCAAGACCUGACCUGAUCACCAAGCCCCCAAGACCUGACCUGAUCACCAAGCCCCCAAGACCCGAGCUGAUCACCAAGUCCCCAAGACCCGAGCUGAUCACCAAAUCCGAGCUGAUCACCAAGUCCCCAAGACCCGACCUGAUCACCAAGCCCCCAAGACCCGACCUGACCACCAAGCCCCCAAGACCCGACCUGAUCACCAAGCCCCCAAGACCCGACCUGAUCACCAAGCCCCCAAGACCUGACCUGAUCACCAAGUCCCCAAGACCCGACCUGAUCACCAAGCCCCCAAGACCUGACCUGAUCACCAAGCCCCCAAGACCCGACCUGAUCACCAAGUCCCCAAGACCCGACCUGAUCACCAAGCCCCCAAGACCUGACCUGAUCACCAAACCUGACCUGAUCACCAAGUCCCCAAGACCCGAGCUGAUCACCAAGCCCCCAAGACCCGAGCUGACCACCAAGCCCCCAAGACCCGAGCUGAUCACCAAGCCCCCAAGACCCGAGCUGAUCACCAAGCCCCCAAGACCCGACCUGAUCACCAAGUCCCCAAGACCUGAGCUGAUCACCAAGCCCCCAAGACCCGACCUGAUCACCAAGCCCCCAAGACCCGACCUGAUCACCAAGCCCCCAAGACCUGAGCUGAUCACCAAGUCCCCAAGACCCGAGCUGAUCACCAAGUCCCCAAGACCCGAGCUGAUCACCAAGUCCCCAAGACCCGAGCUGCUCACCAAACCCGAGCUGAUCACCAAGCCCCCAAGACCCGAGCUGAUCACCAAGCCCCCAAGACCCAAGCUGAUCACCAAGCCCCCAAGACUUGACCUGAUCACCAAGUCCCCAAGACCCGAGCUGAUCACCAAGUCCCCAAGACCCGAGCUGAUCACCAAGUCCCUAAGACCCGAGCUGAUCACCAAGUCCCCAAGACCCAAGCUGAUCACCAAGCCCCCAAGACCCGAGCUGAUCACCAAGUCCCCAAGACCCGAGCUGACCACCAAGUCCCCAAGACCCAAGCUGAUCACCAAGCCCCCAAGACCUGACUGA